AUGGUUGGGCAGAUUCGGGCAGAGCUAGAGCAUGAGCUCAGCAUUCCCGACAAGUCCUUGUUCUUGAUGAACCUGUCAGGUGCUGCAGAGUUCAAGCAAGUGCUUCCCGACGAGAAAUCACUCAGAGAUUUGGGCUUGAAGCCCGGAGACCGUGCGGGGAUCGAGCUUAGAAUCAAUUACUAUCAAGAGCAAGUGGCGGAGGAAUACGUCAUGCCAGACUGCCUCGAGCUGAAGGUCAUGAAUGAUCGCGGGGAGGAACGGAUUAUUUCAGUCCACGUGCAGCGGCCUGUGAUGGACAAGCCAUAUUUUGGCGGCUACCGAAACAAGAUGACGGGUGCUACGUAUCAUCAUGCCGUGACCCAGACAGCACCGAUCCAAAAGAAAGACGUGCACAUCAUACGCUUCCAUCGCGAGGCACAAACCUACGAGUACCGGACCCGCUCCACACAGUGCAAGCGAGAGGCUGGCACACAGAUGGAGAAGGUGGGCUUGUACGUCGACCAACGCGAUGACGUGGUCAUGAAGCCUCGACGGCCAUACUUCAGCAGUGCCGACAAGGCGUUUAAGCGCACUCGACAGCUCCGUCAAGCGCGGCAGGUUCUGCAGCGUACGAGAGACUUCGUCAUUUUGACUGCAGUUGAUCCAGAAGGCGUCCUGCUGAAGCUCAAGGUCCCACAGCGGGAUAUCCCGAAGCUCGGCGGAAAGAAGUGGGAUCCAGACUACCGUCCAAUCGAAGACUUUUUCGAACCUUGGGCCCAACAGUUCGCAUCGUCGGAACAGCAGGCAGGUUAUGGCUUGGUCUCUCAAUUCGACGAGCUUACAGAACCAUGGAUGGAAGGAGGAGCCACCUUUGCAUUUUAA